CGUCCACCGCGGAUCCCGCACAAAGAUCUUUGAUCCCGCAGCUCCGGGUCUGGUCGCCGCAGCUCACGGUCUGGUCGCCGCAGCUCCGGGUCUGGUCGCCGCAGCUCACGGUCUGGUCGCCGCAGCUCACGGUCUGGUCGCCGCAGCUCACGGUCUGGUCGCCGCAGCUCCGGCAGCGACGAUGCAAGUUUGGGGCGAGCAGCCUAAGUGGGCAGCACCAAGGAGACAGAUGCAAGUUUGGGGCGAGCAGCCUAAGUGGGCAGCACCAAGGAGACAGGAGAGACAUAUUUGGGAUUCGGUGAAGAAAGCUACCUUUAUCCUGGGCUCUGGCCUCUUUGUGUUUGCAGCCUUUCGUAACUCGGUGACAUGGCACUUGCAGCAAUUCUGGGGGGCAUCUGGGGACUUCUGGCAGUCGCAGUGGGGAAAGGCCUACAGCUUCGCCCAAGGCAAUGAAUGGCUUCUCUUCAUCUUUGGUGCGAUGGUGAUUCCGACCCUGGCCUUCUGGCUGGUGAACGGGCUGUUGCUGAUAGUGGACGUGACGGGGAAGCCGCAGCUCAUCACUCGCUACAAGAUCCAAGCCGGCCACAACCAGCGGUCAGGGGGCAGGGGGGAGGGUGGGGGUGGCAGAGGAGGUGUGGAUACACAGAUCGAUGGUCACUGUUGGCCAGCAUUGUCAACAUUUCAACAUUGGUCUGCCAGGUUGUUCCAUCAUCCGACACUUUACCGACACUUUCACAAGAAGCACCAUGAAUGGACAGCUCCCAUCGGAAUCAUCUCCCUCUACGCCCAUCCCAUCGAACAUGUGUUCUCCAACAUGCUGCCGACCAUGGUGGGGCCGAUCCUGCUGAGAUCACAUGUGGCAACAGUGAUGCUGUGGUUUUCGCUGGCACUGUUAAUAUCCACCAUUUCCCACUGUGGGUAUCACCUCCCACUGCUGCCAUCUCCAGAAUUCCACGAUUUCCAUCACCUCCGGUUUAACCAGUGUUUCGGGGUGCUGGGAGUCUUGGAUCGCUUGCACCAGACCGACACAGCAUUCAGAGCGAGCAGCGCCUAUGAGCGCCACACUCUGCUGCUUGGCCUUGACCCACUGUCUGAAACUAUUCCCGAUUCCCCCAAGAGAAAAUGAAACCAGCACUAACCCACGCGGUGACGCAGGCUCUGGAACACCACCUUUUUCUUUAUUAAUAUUUCUUUGUGGUUUGAUUAGAUAGCGAUUGCCCAUUUCUGAUUCUCCCAGCUGUCGGAUCCAGAGCCACACAGAGAAUGUUGUUUAAAUAUCUAUGUGCAUACUAUUGCAGAUUUAAUUUCUAGAGGAUUAAUGUAGUCCCUAUGGUACAUUAGUUCCUGAUCUCUUGUUUGUUGUGGGAAUUGAUGAAUUUUGUAAAGCUCAUUCAGUCCCAUGGUCAGUGGCCAACCCUGACAUUGGCAGGAACGGAGGCAUUCUUUCACACAGUGUCACUGGUGGUCACCAGUAACUGAUGGCAAAGGGGGAGAAGUCAGAUUAUUGAGGUGGUUCUGGGUGAAAUUUUAGCAUAGAGUAUUGUAGAAAAAUACAGAGACAAACUAUCUGCUGGAAAACUCAGCGGGUCAAGCAGCAUCUACGGAGAGAAUCGAAUAAUCGACAUUUCACAUCAAAAAUCCAUCAGAACACAGGGAUAGACAUGGGCCCUGGGUGCUUGUGCAGAGGAGAGGUGAAGGAUGGGCAGGGUUGGUGAAUGUGGAGAUGGAGGCAACAGGAUGCUAAAACAGGAGACGAGAUGACACCAAAGCUGCCUGCGCUGGUAUAUGAUAAUGGGAAUCUUUAGGAGAGAGGCGAAAGGUAACUGGAGGGAUGGGAAACAGAGCACUUUAGCACUCUACAAAAAGAUCAACAGGACUUGGAACUUGACCUGUUUGUGACCACGGGUGAAAUGAAUGUGUCUGAGAUACAAUGACUUCAAUCUGAUAAAGGCUGACCUGGGUACCACUGCUUCUGCUGUUAUCAAUCAGUUCCUUCUAAUAUAUUCUCAUAUGCAUUCACAAAUAAAAGCAAUUAUUCAUAACCAUAA